AUGGCGAAUCCAAGAAAAUUUAGUGAAAAAAUAGCCCUUCAUCACCAAAAGCAGGCAGAGGAAACAGCUGCUUUUGAAAAAAUUAUGCGCGAAGUUUCCGACGCAACCCAAAAGCCCGAAGAUAUGCCGUUAUCAAAUCAAUAUGUAAUGGCUGGUGGACGAAGUGGUGGAGCAUCGCCAUCGCGGUCGUCAGGGCAGCGCGGACGGGCAUCAUCUUCGGUGGGUCCGAUGCGCCGCCCUGCCGACCGCAAACACGAUACGAGUCCUUAUGGCAGCACUGUAUAUUUGAGUCCACCACCUGACAGCAACUGGCGGCGUACAAAUUCAGAUUCUGCCUUACAUCAGUCAUGCGGCGUAGAACAGCCCGCCGUGGCACAGCCAUUAUCACCACAUCGGCAAAUGCACUCUCACGCUCAUCCACACCUACAUCCACAUCAGAACCAUCACCGGAGAGGUGACAUACAUUUAGAGAUGUUAGCACCGAUGAACCCCACAAAUCGACCGAGAUCGUCGUGUGAAAUACCCAGAUUAUCUAAUAAUAACAAUGUAUACAAGAGCGGAGGAGACGGCGGGGGCGGUGACGGCGGUGGAGGUGGAGACGGGGGUGGUGGCGGCGGCGGAGGAACAGGGGGGACGGGAGGUCUGGGGUGCGGCGACCUGCAGGUGCCGGGAGGUUCGCUUCCCGACCUCACCUCUGUCCACUUCCCUUCACCGCAUUACCUACCGCACCGGACCUCGCCUGAAUAUCAGCUUCGAUAUUCGCCGACGUCGCCGGGCGCGGUGUCGCCGGGCGGCGGCAGCGUGUCGCCGGCGACGGGCGGCCUCUCGCCCGCGUCCGGCUCGCCCGUGGGCGCCACCGUGCCGCUGCACCACACCAUGCACCACGACCACCAAGCGCCUCUCUACGAUGCACAGAAUCACUUAUCUGUACCAAACACAAAUAAUUAUCUUCAUCAUAAUAAGAAUAUGUCACCUCUAGACCAUGGAUGGGCAUCAAGUUACCAGGCGCAUUGUAGUCCGCCUUCACAAUAUUCUUCUACAUCAAACAUUAAUAUGCCUUCACCAACGAUGAUCCACAGUCCAGGUAGUCCCGUGGAAUCACCACAAUCAGACUACAACAAUUUUCACCAAGCGCUAUUACAACCUUUCGAGCAGAUCACAAUGCUGGAUCAACCAGUGCAGAAUUACAAUACGUCGUAUAUGAACCACGGGUCACCGCACUCACCACAGACUAAUAAUUCAUCACUCUCAUAUCCCCAGUCAACGCAAGCGAGCGGCGUAAGCGGUUGUCGUGGUCGCGACCCUGUCCCUGGCGGAGGGGGGUUUGCUGCGUUGCAACCGCUCGCCUCACCGUCCACGCCCGCCACGCCCGCUAGUAUACCAGAUAUCGUUCUCACUGAUUACUCGGGCGAGCUGGACGCGGGCAUCUUCGGCGGCGAGGAGGCACAGCUACGCGCGGGCCUGGACCUGGACGACCUCACGCUGCUGGAGGACCCCACGGCGCUCGUGCCCGACUCCGCCGUCGAGCACGAGUUCCGCCUCGACCGCCUCGACCGCUUGUAG